AUGAACGGAGGCCGCUUUGACUUUGACGACGGAGGCUCCUAUUGUGGCGGAUGGGAGGAGGGAAAGGCGCACGGCCACGGCGUCUGCACGGGUCCCCAGGGCAAAGGCGAGUACGCGGGCGCAUGGCACUACGGCUUUGAGGUGUCCGGCGUUUAUACAUGGCCAUCUGGCAACACCUACCAGGGCCAAUGGCAGAACGGGAAACGCCACGGGCUCGGCAUCGAGGCACGCGGAAGAUGGGUCUACCGCGGAGAGUGGACACAGGGGCUGAAAGGCCGCUACGGUGUCCGCCACUCGACGACGAAUCAAGCGAAAUACCAGGGCACAUGGAGCGCCGGAUUCCACGAUGGCUAUGGCACUGAAGUGUACGCCGAUCAGGGCUCAUACCAGGGCCAAUGGCUUCGCGGGAUGCGCCACGGCUACGGCAUGCGCAAAAGUGCCCCCUACACCGUCGCCGCAAAGUUUCGCAACAAAUCACAGACGAACGCCUCCCUAACGAGUUUACGAAGCGGCCGCGGCGAGGAGCAGGAAAAUAAGGAACGGGUAGAUGGCCGAGGCGGUUUCGUGCUCAAGGCGAACAGCUCGGCGCCGGCACGCCGGAGACGCUCACUCUCUGAGCGAUCCCUGGCCGUGAAACGAACGAUUCUUUCCGGACUUCGGAUACAAAAGCAGCACAGCACCGGAGAUAUCCAUCAGCGUGUCACCUCGAUGACCGGUUCGUUGCGCUCGAGUGGGAGCACGAUGAGCUGCACCUCCGAAGAUUCGCUUCAUCGAGGGCGCGGCGAUUUUGCAGCGCAGGAGCUGGACGUGAAGCCGGCUGAGCGGGACGCGUCGCGGCUUCGGCCCGGCGAUGCUCCAUAUAUCGGCUAUGAUGAUCAUGUGGUGCCCGAAGAGCCAAAGUCGCGCAAAGAUCGCGCGAAACACGCAUUCAGAACGCAGAAGAUACGACGGGACCAGAAGUACAGAUCAAUGUACCAUGAUGAGGCUCUGGUAGUCGAGGAUGUGGAAAAACGAUCGAGAUCCCGACCCGAUUUGAGCCUUGAGGCACAGAUCGAUUACGGGGGUCAUCGAAAAUGUGCGCGGCAUCCGAAGGGGCCCGUCUCCAAGCAGGACCCCUCCGAAUUCCUGAGCCGAUCGCGAAUCGUGCAGGGUGUCGUCGGGGAGGGAAGUCAGUGGGAGUUGAAAACGGCCGGCUACAGACUACAUGAUGGGGAUGAGGAGUGGUCGAAGACGAUGCCGGUCAACCGGAUGCAGGUCGGGGAGAAGCUCGCUCAUCCCGAAGACCCGCAAUUCCGGACGAGAACCCUCCCCAGAAGCCAUCGGAGCAGGGAGAUUGAUUUUGGGCCGGUGGACGCGCCUGAGAACCUGUUGAAGUUCUUGGCGCACAGAAACCAGUCGAUCAUCAUGUUGUCCUUCGGAAAUCGAUCACAAAGCCCUCUCCCAGAAACAAAGCGCAAAGUCAAGCGGCUAUCCCGCGACUUUGAAGACGGGGGCGAAUAUUUUAAAGUCAUACCGGAAAUCGUUGGCAACAUUCCAAUAAGCGAGGAAAGAUCUAACGCGAAUUCGGAAGAAACUCUUGAUCCGGAACCCCGGGUUCCCGAAUUGCCAGAAUAUUGCAGAUGGACCGGCACGCCGGCCAGGAGAAAUUGGGCUGAACGCCGGGAUUUGUGCCAAUCUGUACUUGUCGAACAAGUGGAAACAGUACCGAAUCGGAGGAUAGUCACGGAAUGCGGGCCCCCAAGAGGGGUCGAAGGGCACAAACAUGCUUGUGCAGCCUGUAGAAAACGGGCGGCGAGUAGGGAUCGAAGGGAGCCGAAGCGAAUUCAUCGAUGUGAUAGGGAUGAGGAGAUUGGGAAGACGGGACUCGUUUGCUUGUCUAUUGCUGAAGAAAACAUUGAUGAAAAUGCCAUCGAAACCUACUGCGGAGAAUGGAAAAAUGAUGCUCGAUCGGGAUUCGGCGUCUGUGAAAGAACCGACGGCCUAAAAUAUCAUGGCGAAUGGUCGAACAACGCGAAAAACGGCUAUGGCGUCACAACGUUUCGGGAUGGAACGAAAGAAGAGGGCAAAUACAAGAACAACGUGCUGGUGGUGUCCACGAGACGGCGCGGCAUGCUGUUUGUACGGUCUUCGAAAAUCCGAGAACGUGUUGAGGCCAGCGUUGAGGCGGCGAAUCGGGCGGCGAGUAUUGCACAGCAAAAGGCCGACAUCGCAGCGUCGAGGACGAGUACCGCAAAGGAACGAGCAGAGCAGGCUACGCUGAUGGCCCAGCAGGCUCAAGAAGACUCGAACGUCGCCCGAAUCCACGCCAAGCAGUUCGACCCGUCGUUCAAGCAGCCGGGCACGGAUAUCAUGCGACGGCAACUCCUCGAAUCUUCACAUGCCGCCCAGGAAUCGUUCGACGCUAUCGAGCACCCGUCACGGAGCUACUCGCGAGCACAAUCACAGCAGCCCUCCUUCGAGCAACAGCCCUCCUUCGACAUGGGCGAGCCGUCCGGCCACGGCAUGCCCUACGCAAACCACGUCGGCUACGCCCAGCAAAAUCAUCUACCCCCCGGCGCCACCACCAUCCACCCCGAUGUUCACGUCAAUUUUGCGGACACGCCGACGAUCGAGCUGAUCCCCCCGCAGACGCCCAUCCAAGGCCAAAUGCCCCACGACCUCAUCUACAGACACCAUAAUCAGCAGCAGUUGUACUACAGCCCAAUGCCCGGACAGCCGAUGGGUGCCCCGCCGCCGCAGAUGAACUACCAACAGCAGCACGUCAUGCAGCAUCAGCACCCGGGAAUGAUGGCACAACAUGCCAUGCACCCAAGCACCAGCAUGAUGCAGGGCGGCUACGGCGCCUAUCAACAGCCCAUGCAACCAGGACAGCACCCCCAACAACAGCAACAGCAGCCCCAGCAACACCAACAGGUUCAACAGCCUGGCAUGCAAGCCGCUGCCCUCGCCACGUCGCCAAACAUCCCGCACGCCGAAGACAUGCCCACACAGCCACACGAUCCGGGCGAAAGUGGCCCGUCCGAGUCACAGCCGCCCUCGCAGAAGCCGUCGGCACUCGGCAGUUUAUUCGCCUCAUCGCAGCAGGGCAGCUCAAAGUCCGGGUCCAGGUUCUCCCUGUCGGACGAUCACUACGAUCAAUAUGUCAUGGCCGGAAAUCCGCAACAAUCCAAGAUACGCCGCAAUCGCCCGUCACUCACCCGCCAGACGGACCACAUCAACGAGAAUAAUCCAAAUUUCCUGAACCGACGCUCGACAUUGGCCUCCUCGCGAGACCGUGCCGCACCAUCAGCCGAGACACGCGACGCGGAAACGGACGAGAACAUGGGAUCAUUGCCAAAUUUGGCGGCCCUUGAACAAACGGGACUCCGGUUGAGAAGAGAAGACGCCGCCCGAUUGGCACACCAACGACGGCAAGAAGUGUUGCGGGAAGAAGAGGAACGAGUACUGCUACGUGCAAACCCGCUUCGCUAUCUCGUACAUCCGGCCUUUCGGGCAUGGCUGCUGCGCUUCAAAGUGCCUCUAUUGCUGGCGGUGGCCAAUCUCUCGCUGCUGCUCCUCUUCUACCAGGUGCUCACCUACGAGAAGAAGAAGUCCCCGAAAUCG